AUGGGACACUCGUUCGCGACUGGUUUGGCCUCUUCCCUAAGAGAUAAAGAAGGCACUUUGGGGUCCAAGGUAGGGUACUUAGAUGUGGAAGCAAGGGGCCCCGGGGAGGGGCGGGGAGGAGGCGGAGAGAGCCCGGCGCUGAAAUGGAGGCGGCCCAGGUGGGACCAAAAGGACGCCAGCUGCCCGGAGGCCGAGGCCGAGGAGUGGGAGGCCGAGUCGGUGCUGGGCACCCUGCUGCAGAAGCUGCGAGAGGAAGGCUACCUGGCCUACUACCUUCAGGGUGGCUUCAGCAGAUUCCAGGCCGAGUGCCCUCACCUGUGUGAGACCAGCCUUAGUGGCCGUGCCGGCUCCAGCAUGGCCCCGGUGCCCAGUACGGUGCCUGUAGUGGGGUUGGGCAGUCUGUGCCUGGGCUCCGACUGCUCUGAUGCGGAAUCCGAGGCUGACCGCGACUCCAUGAGCUGUGGCCUGGAUUCGGAGGGUGCCACACCCCCGCCAGUGGGGCUGCGGGCAUCCUUCCCUGUCCAGAUCCUGCCCAACCUCUAUCUGGGCAGUGCCCGGGAUUCCGCCAACUUGGAGAGCCUGGCCAAACUGGGCAUCCGCUACAUCCUCAAUGUCACCCCCAACCUCCCAAACUUCUUCGAGAAGAAUGGCGACUUUCACUACAAGCAGAUCCCCAUCUCCGACCACUGGAGCCAGAACCUGUCGCAGUUCUUCCCGGAGGCUAUUGAGUUCAUCGAUGAGGCCUUGUCCCAGAACUGCGGGGUGCUCGUCCACUGCCUGGCGGGGGUCAGCCGUUCUGUCACCGUCACUGUGGCCUACCUCAUGCAGAAGCUCCACCUCUCUCUCAACGAUGCCUAUGACCUGGUCAAGAGAAAGAAGUCUAACAUCUCCCCCAACUUCAACUUCAUGGGGCAGUUGCUGGACUUUGAGCGCAGCCUGCGGCUGGAGGAGCGCCGCUCACAGGAGCAGGGCAGUGGGGGGCAGGCAUCCAUGGCCUCUGACCCGCCCUCCUUCUUCACCACCCCCACCAGUGAUGGCGCCUUCGAGCUGGCCCCCACCUAGGGCCCAGUGGCCGGCGGGCCGGCCCCUGCCCCACCCCCACCCACGGGUGUCCCUGCCCACUCGUGCGGCAAGGGAGGGGAGGGCGGGAGGGCUUGGCCUGAGCAGGGUGCUGGGGGGAGAGCGCAAUACCUCACGCGGGCUGGCGUCCUAAUCAACGUGCCUACGGCAGGGCUGCUCUGAGCCUGCCUCUUCUGCGACUGUUACUUUUUGCUUUGCGGGAUGGGGGUGGGGGUUCCCUCUCCAGGUGGUUGUCCAGGCCCCCGCUCCGGCCCUGGGUGCUCGGCCAGCUCGGCUGGGCCCUGCACCUCCCUGCGCUUCCUCCUUCAGGAAGGGUGUGUGCCACCUUGUUGCCACAGGGACUGGCUCCCAGUCCCUCCCCUGUCCCCAAAUGGUUGCUUGGGGGAGAGGAGUUUGCCAUCACUGGUGUUGUCACCUCCCUGUUUCUCCACCAAGGCCUUGGGCCUCUCGGGGCUGGGGCCUCCCAGGGAAUGGGGACCCAGAGGUGCAGUGGCUGCCUACAUCCAUGGCCUAGGAGCAACUGGGCAGGUUCCCGGCCACACAUCUGGUGGGCUUUUUUUUUUUCCCUCUUCCCCCAGAUGUCUUGACGGGAUCACUGGGGCUCUUUGUGAGUGAGGGUGGUCAAACUGCUGCCCGAGGAGAUGGGGUCUCAGAGCGAGAGCUGGGGAGGGGGAGGGGAAGAAGAAGGCCUCACUUUUGCUGCUGCGGGGCCCACACAGCCGCUGCUACUUUGGGGGCUGGGGAAGGGGCCAAGCUGCAGACACACACAGUCAUUCAUUUCUGUCCACACCCCUGUGGGUGGCGGGUGUGCGUGUGUGUGCGCGCGUGUCGGCACUCACACACACAUGCUAGCCCACUGAUUCACCCAGCCCAGGGCUGGCAGUCUUUGCGGCACGGGGCCAUCUCACCCUGGAGCCUGGAGAGGAGCUAUGCUUAUUUGUUUUUGUAAUCCAUAUCACAGUUGCUUUCUUUAAUUAUUCCUUCUGAAUAAACAGUUUAUUUAAGAUACUGA